AUGCAAAGACCAACUGGUAAUGAAUAUGGAAUAGAUGAGUUCAUUAGAUCGCCUGAUGUUAGGUUAAGAGGGACAAUAAAGAAGUAUUUUGAGGAUUUCCACGUUUAUGAAAUACAAAGAAAUGGCGAUGUUUGUAGCCUUUCAAAAAUAAGAAAUAAACACGACAUAAUUAACGAAAUACAAGAAAGAAAGAAGAUACUUUCUGGUGAUAACAUUUUAAACAAUGAUAAUUCAAUAAUAAAUUCUGAACUAAUCUGUAAUUUAGAAAACCUAGGAGUAUCUCAAUACUGUAUUAACAAUCUGAUAACUUUUAUUAGUAUUUUAGGUGAAGUAAAAAAGCUUACAAGAAAUAACUCAUUAAGCAAUAGAUUGUUUAAAUUGGAUAGUAGAGGCAAUCUAAAAAGUAGAUUUGAAUUAAAUAUUAAAUUAUUUAGUUCCAGCCCUAAUAGCAUUGCUGCAGAAAAUAAUUUAUUACUAAAUGAUUUAAAUGACUUAAAAAAGAAAGAUUUUAUAAACUCCCAAAAAGAAAAAAGAAAGAAAUUUCAUCAGUUAAUAAAAAAAUUUGUUCCAUUUAUCACAUCUCAAACCAUUGAAAAUUCGAAAAAUAUUAAUGUAUUAAAUGAAGUAGAAUUAUUUAAAUACAAAGGUAUUUCUAUAUCAAAUGAGAUAUUUAAUGAGAUUUCGAGGUUCUUUAAAAUUAAUGAAAUAGAAUUAAACUCCCUUAAUGAUUUUAACCGUCCAGUGUUGAACCAUAGUUGUAGCGAGAGGCACUUCGAUACAAUAAUUUUGAGACCAUCAAAUGACUAUAUUUACUCAUUACGUAAUAUUAAGCAAAACACUCAGACACAGAUUGAUGAUUGCAAAACAAAUCUAAUAGAGGAUGGAAUUACAACGAAUUUUGACCCAGCUUGUAAAAAACAAAGAAUUGAGCAGACUGAAUCAGAGUCAAUUAAUGAAACCAAAAUGAAUUUUACAUUUGGGAGUAAUGAAAGAUGGGAUCCAAAUAUUCCGGACUAUAUUCAUUUCACAAUUUACAAAGAAAAUAGAGACACAGUAGAUGCAGUAAAUAUGAUUUCGAAAUGUUUAAAAAGGAAUCAUAAAUCUUUUGGAAUAGCAGGUUUAAAAGACAGGAGAGGGAUAACAGUGCAAAGAGCUUCCGCUUAUAGAGUUCUAGAAAAUCAGUUAUUAUAUUCAACGGCUUCAAAAAGUUGGGAUCGCAAUGUUAGGAUUUCGGACUUUAAAUAUGAAAAUAAACAGAUAAAUAUUGGUGACCUCAACGGUAAUCUUUUUCAUGUUGUAAUCAGAGAUUUAGAAAUUUCAGAUACACAUUUAGGAACAGAAUCUGGGAAUGAGAAACUGACAUUGAAAGUGGUAGAAAAAUUAAUUAGAGAAAUAAAAUCAUUGGGCUUUAUUAAUUAUUUUGGAUUGCAAAGGUUUGGAACCAGCGAAAUUCCUACUUAUAAAAUUGGGAUUUCACUAAUGAAGAGAGAAUGGAAAAAAGCUUUUUAUCUAAUUCUUGGAUUUGAUGAAGAAAAAAUGAGCAAUUAUUCAACAGAAAAAAGAGAACUUUACAAAAAAAUAACUAAUGAAGAUUAUGAAGAAUAUCAAAGAAAGCUAACAAAUCAUUGCUAUUUAGAAAAAUUAAUAUUGAAUGGAUUCAUUAAAGAAAAAAAGAAGAGAAUAGAAAGUAAUACUAAAGAUGAAAUUAAAAAAGAUAUAUAUAAAGAAAGUAUUAAUUUAAUACCAAAGAAUUCUUACUCCCUUUACAUACAUUCUUUACAAUCACUCUUUUUCAAUAUCAUCGCAAGCGAAAGAAUAAAUAAAUUUGGAAAGAACCCGGUUAUUGGUGAUAUAGUUAUGACUACGAAUUCAGAUAAAUAUUCUAACAAAAAUGAAAAUUCGGCAUUUAUUAAUGAACAAAAUGUAUUAGUUUUACAAAACCAAUCAGAGUUGGAAAAGUUCACAAUCCAAGAUGUAGUACUUACUUUGCCUGGAGACGAUGUUAUUUAUCCUCCAAUUAUGAAGGAAAAAUACGAGAAACUAGCAAAGGAAUUGAUUGGGAUUAAUAUUAAAGAGAAUUGUAUGGGAAUAGCAGGUGGUUAUAGGAAAAUUUUGGUAAUUCCAGAUUAUAUUAAUUACGUAGCUCUUAAUAUUGUUGAAAGAAGAAACGACGAUGUAAACAAAUUUCCUGAUUCUAAAGUUAUUCUAAGCGACCUUGAUGUUUUAACUAGCCAUCCUGAAUUAAAGAGAGACCUGGGAAAAGUUGAGCCUGUAUUGUCGCCAAAAAUACUUGAGUACAAAUGUGACAAUAAAAACGGAGAUUCCCAAGUGAACACAAUAGUAUUUUCAUGCAAACUACCAAAAUCAUCUUAUGUAACAAUGGCAUUAAGAGAGUUUUUAGGAAAUUCUCCUUCUGAAAAGCAAUAA